CUGCAUCGAAGACACCACAAUUCAAUUUGCAAGUCGAUCAAAACAGCAACAAACGCCUAAUACAGCUAACUGCAUCCAUGGAAGCCAUGACCAUCUCGAUAGCAAUCAUUCUUUCUCUCAUUAGCACAAUUACAGCAGCUCCCACUGCUAAACUGCAAAAUUUCCCUAGCAACAUGGUCCUUGGAGAUAUAGAUCUGGAUACUGGCUCUGGAUACUCAGACAUGGACGACAAAAUCCUCAACAGAAGACAUAUUCCACUUGAAAACUGCAAAGCUAUUCAGGAAUCUGGUCUCAACACAACUGGGCUUUAUGUUAUCCGACCGAAACACAACAGUGGAGAAUUCACUGUGUUUUGCGACAUGACUUUGCUUGGAGGCGGGUGGACUGUGAUUCAGAGAAGAAUUGACGAUUCACUGAACUUCAACAGAAAAUACCGAUCAUACCAAAACGGGUUUGGCGACUUCUUUGAAAAUUUCUGGUUGGGCUUAGAGAAAAUGCAUCAGCUGACACAUGGUAUAGAAAACAUGGAGCUUCAUGUAGGAUUGGAAAGUUUCAAUGGAGACAAUGCAUUUGCACGCUUCUCGAAUUUCUUCAUAGAGAACGAAGAUGCUGGCUACACUCUACGAAUUGGAGAAUGCGACCCAGCCAGCACAGCUGGUGACUCUUUGGCAAGUCACAAUGGUAUGAGAUUUUCAACAAAGGACAACGAUAGGGACAGUUUGAGAACUGUUAACUGUGCUGAAGUUACAAAAGGAGGAUGGUGGUACAAAAAUUGCCACGAUUCCAAUCUGAAUGGAUUGUACUACAAAAAUGGAAAGCUGGCCUCACAUAUACCUGACGGCAUUAUCUGGCAGCACUGGCUGGGAGAUUCCGCCUCUCUAAAAACUGUUGUUCUAGCGAUUAGACCAAAGAAUACAUUAAAGACAAUGGCCCAAUUUUUCAAGCUUGGUUUUGCAACACUUCUUUUCUUUAUUGGUUUCACCUCUUCAUUACCUCUUCACAAGUUGGAGAAAAGGUCAUCAGCAACUUUCCUUGGGGACCUAACAUCAGGAACAAAUUCUGGAAUACUGAAUGAUGAUCAAGACUUCCCCUCUUACAGCUGCAAAGAGCUGUAUGAUGCAGGGUACUUAUUAUCUGGACGCUACAAAAUCAUACCUGGGGAUAGAGAAUUCACUGUCUUUUGUGACAUGAAUCUACAGGGGGGUGGCUGGACUGUCAUUCAAAGAAGAAUCAGUGACAGUGUGGAUUUCGACCGGGACUGGAGAGACUACCAGCUUGGAUUUGGUGAUUUCGAUGGAAACUUUUGGCUUGGACUGGAACAAAUUAAAGAGAUAACAGAUUACGAAACUAAUGAACUGUACCUUGGAUUUGAAAGUCAGACCACUACAUUCAACAAGGCUACAUACGCCUCUAUAACUCUAAAAGAUGAAGCAAAUUUUUAUGAGAUAGAUCUUGGGUCUUAUACAGGUGUGGUUGGUGACGCUGGAGAUUCGUUUGGAGUCCACGAUGCUUUUAAAUUUUCCACACACGACAAGGACAAUGAUGGAAUAGGAACAGACUGUGCAGGCACAUACAACUCUGGAUGGUGGUACGGAACUAACUGUCAUGAGGCACACUUGAACGGUAUUUAUUACAAUGAUGCUGCAACUCAACCUAAUGGACAUGGUAUUAUAUGGGAAGAAUGGCAAGGGAUUUCCACCCCGUUAAAAACUGUUGUGAUUGCCGUACGACCAGCAUAAAUAUUCAAGUCUAAUUUUAUUAUGAUCUGUCAAUCCAUUUCCCCACCAUUCAUGAUCACAAACUUUUCAAUCAUGUCCUCAUUUCAUCAACUCUUUUUAAUAUUAAUCGCCUAUCAAUUGCAAAA